AGAGGAAGAGCGUAGGACGAGGGAGGGGAGGGGUGCGCAGUGCGCCGCAACCAUGGCGAUGGCAUUGUCUUGCAAGCAAAUCCAGAGCAGCAAAAUCUCUUACCUGAUUCCUGCAUUCUCAAGAUUCUUCUCCAAAUCCAAUCCCUCCUACAUCGUUAAGGUUGGGAUUCCGGAAUUCCUGACCGGCAUAGGAAGAGGCGUGGAAUCCCACGUGCCAAAGCUCGAAGCGGAGAUCGGAGACUUCCAGAAGCUUCUAGUGACUAGGACUCUCAAGCUCAAGAAGCUCGGCAUCCCUUGCAAACACAGGAAAUUGAUUCUGAAAUACACCCACAAGUACAGGCUGGGAUUGUGGAGGCCAUGGGAUGACCUUACGAAACCUCAGUCUGCUUAAACUCUUGGAGCAACCCAUCCAAGUGAGGAUGGAUGUUUGGGUAGUUAGUGAUCGGGCAAUGACCUGUUGUUUAUUCUCAGGUGAUUUUUCUUUUCUUCUUAAUCUUACUUUGGCUUUUUGGAAAAGUUUAGAAGAAGAAAUAGCAUGGACUGCUGGGAUUGUGAACUUAAUCCACCCUUUCAAAUUACAUUGAGGGUUUGAAAUGUAUUGAACAAUUCAUCAGCAA